CUCCCCAGAUAUAGGUUUCCAGUGGCAGGUUUUAGCAAUUGUAAUUUCGACUAUUAUUUUACAGCUCAGGUGUUUUCAAAUGGUGCAAAUGGAACUUAACAAUACUAAAAACGACACUAGCAGUGGUAACAAUAACAGCGGCUCGUUGUUUAUGCCCGUUGGUCAGAGGUUGGGCAUACUAAGACCCAGUAACAACUAUGCUCCUACGAUCAAUACCAGCAACAGCCAAAGAAACAAUGUUAUUUUAAAUUUCAAUGAUUCCAAUAAAAUAAACACUUUCCUCGAGUCUAACAAUGUUAAUUUGAAUGCCAAUAAUGUUAAUCGUAUUAAUAAUGCUAAUCCUCAAAUGGUGAAUAACAGAUUAGGCAACAAUCUAAAUGUGGGGCAGAGAAACAAUAACUUGAAUGUCAGAUUUUCCCGCUCUUCAUUGUCUGUGCCAUCUUUACCACCGCCAUCAAAGUCGUCUUUAUCUGCAAAGAGACCACUUCCAAGACAGAAGUUUAGAGUCGAGCCUGGAUAUUCCCAACUCGAUUGGGGAAACCUAAAGUGCUCCGGUGCCAACCUUAGAGGUAUUCCUAAAGAUCAAUUCCCUUUAAGAGUUACCAAGUUGGAGUUGAAGAAACACAAUAAAGAAGAGGACUGCUGGAUCUGCAUCCAUAACAAAGUCUAUAACAUUACUUCCUAUCUCAAAUAUCAUCCUGGAGGUGUCGACUACUUGAUGAAGUGCGCUGGGAAAGAUGGAACAUUGCUAUUCAACAAGUACCACUCUUGGAUCAAUGCUGAAAGAAUGCUUGACGAGUGCUUGGUUGGUUUCUAUGUGAAGGAGUAAAAUUCUUAAAUCUCUAAUUCUAUUUCAAUUCUUUUUCGCUUCUACUUAAAUUACUUAGAUUCAGAUAUCGAUUUUCU